UCGGGAAUGAAAACAACAGUUCGUGAUUUGGAGACAGUGCAGAGAGACUGUCAGGAUGGCGGUGAAUAUCAGCACAACACUUCUCAUCGCUUCUGCGAUCACUCUUCUGAUUUACCUCAUUAAAUGGUGGAUGAAUGUAAAGAAGAAAGACUUGCCACCAGGGCCGACCCCUCUGCCAUUUCUGGGGAAUAUUCUUCAGAUUAGUACCACUGAAAUGCCACAAUCUCUGGUGAAGCUAAGUGAAAAGUACGGACCCGUGUAUACACUCUACAUGUCCAAAUAUCGAGCGAUCGUGCUGAUUGGGUAUGAUGCUGUGAAGGAGGCUCUGGUUGAUCACAGUGAUGCGUUCAGUGACAGAGGAGAUACGGAUCUAUCAGAAUUAUUCUUUAAAGACUUUGGGGUCAUUAUGAGCAAUGGAGAGAGAUGGAAGACGCUGCGCCGCUUUUCACUGACAACACUGAGAAAUUUUGGGAUGGGGAAGAGGAGUGUGGAGGAAAGGAUCCAAGAGGAAGCUCUAUGUCUCAGGGACAGAUUUAUGAAGAUCAAAGAUAAACCAAUAAACCCAAUGUAUUUGCUAAGAUUGUCUGUUUCCAAUGUCAUCUGUUCCAUUGUAUUUGGAGAGAGAUUUGACUAUGAAGACAAGAAGUUCAUUUCCUAUUUGAAACUUCUUCAAGAAAUGGCAACUCUGCUGAACUCCCGAUUGGGCCAGCUUCUUAAUCUAUUCCCAGCCUUAAUGAGCCGUAUUCCUGGUCCCCACCAAAAAAUGCUUAAAUAUUUUGAUACGUUAAACGAGUUUAUAAUAGAAAUGGUGGAAGCUCACAAGGAGACAUUGGAUGAGAACUGCACUCGAGACUUUAUAGAUUGCUUCCUAAUUAAAAUGCAAGAGGAAAAGAACAACCCCAAAACAGAAUUUCAUAAGGAUAAUUUACUAGGAACAGUAGCUGACCUGUUCUUUGCUGGGACUGAGACUACAAGUGUAACAUUGAGAUAUGCCUUCUUGAUACUACUCAAAUACCCUGAGAUACAAGAGAGAAUCCAAAAAGAGAUUGACAAUGUCAUAGGCAGUGAUCGCUGUCCAUCAGUUGAGGACAGAAGUAUGAUGCCAUAUACAGAUGCCGUCAUUCAUGAAAUCCAAAGAUUUGCUGAUAUUGUACCAGUAGGAGUUCUCCAUGCAGCCAGCAAGGACACCACGUUUAGAGGAUAUCACAUUCCAAAGGGAACUUUGGUGUUUCCAAUCCUAACUUCAGUCUUGAAGGACCCCAAACACUUCAAAAAUCCUCACAAAUUUGACCCUGGACAUUUUCUAAAUGAGAAUGGUAGCUUUGAGAAGAAUGAUGCCUUCAUGCCAUUUUCAGCAGGAAAACGUAUGUGUUUGGGGGAGGGUCUGGCUCGCAUGGAACUCUUCCUCGUUUUUACAACCAUUCUGCAAAGAUUUACUCUGAAACCCACCGUGGACAGAAAGUACAUAGAAAUUACACCACAACCCAACAGCAAUGCCGCUUUAGCUCGUGAAUAUGAGAUGUUGGCUGUACUUCGCUGAAAGACCAUUAUGUAUUCUGGUGUUAUUGAAUAUAUUAUUCCUGUUUUAGGCUUCAUGCACAUUGGAUGUUUUUACAGCUUCUGCUAGGGGCAUCUGGCUUAUUUUUUUCCUGUCUAUAAACCUCCCUUCAUGUUGGCCUGUGUCCAUGCACACAUAUGAUUUUAUCAGCGUUUAGUGUCAGGGACUUUUAGAAGCAAUAACCCACUGCCACAGCAGACUUCUGGCAGAAUUUUUUUGCAAAUGCAGGUAAAUGCGUAUUAAUGCUAAGCAUGUUUAGCUAUUCAGCGUUAAUUCAUUUCAAUGGUUAGAAUAAAUUAUUAUUCUGGCCAAUGAAAUGAAAUAACGCUCAAUCAUCUGAGGUCUGUAAACAUUCCUAAAUACGCCUUAACACUGCCGACGGCUGCCGACAUCGGGUGUUACGCUGGACAGGUAAGUGUCCAUUUAUUAAAAGUCAGUAGCUGCAGUAUUUGUAGCUGCUGGCGUAACAAAAAAAUUGGGUGGACCUCCGCUUUAAGAAGACCUAUAACUUUACAAUUAGUAAAUAAUGAUGCAAUAUCUUUUAGACAUUCAUUGUAAAAGGUUCUAUAAACCAAGAGUCUUGGAACGAUAGCACCUGCUGGGGUCCUGAAUUUAUUUCAAAGCAGGACAUCAUUUGACUGGAAUCUGUCUAUUAACCCCUUGAUUGUGUUCUCUCUGGAUACAUUAUUGUAGGCCCUGCUAGGCCCAGGAACAGUAUGUGAAUAAUUCAGUGUUAUAUUUAAUACACUUUAAAAUAUGAAAUAAAGUACCCAUUAAAACACA